UCUGGCCCUCCGACCCCGUUAUUAUAGGUUUGGUUUUUAUAGCAUCUGAUCGUUUUAUUUUUUCACAUCUGUCUAUUUACAACACGUAUGUAUGGUAACGCAUUUUACCCUACUGUGAUAUAGACUGCAUCGAAUGUGAUUAAACAACCCAAGUCAUCCCGUCAAAUCUCCGAUUUCGAACAGUGUAAUCAAAUUCUGAGAUAAUUUGGCCCUCGCGUUACUUAGCCGUUUUUGCGACACAUGCUGCAAGAUCCAACACAAACCUGUGUACAUGUACAUCAGCUUGACUCGGUUUUUUUUUUACCGGCAAGGUAACUCACUAAAAGAAAACUGCUCAACCGUAACGUGUUUUUUGUUGAGACGCCUGGUUUCUUUGUCAGCCGCGCGUCACGAAAAUAAUCAGCUGUACUCUAUGCUUGUCAUAUGGUCACACAGGAUCUUGUACACGUAUGUGCAAAUUGAUAUAAACUUUCAAGGAUUACUUGAGGAUAGUUCAUCAUAUCUCCUCCAAUUAUCGGUUUUCUGUGUGUGAAACUUUCUAAAACUCUCCAUCUACAGCUGGGCAGCAACACAGGGAAAUAGAGCUGGGGUUAACGAUGGAUAAAAAGCCGAAGGAUCAACCGGGAAUACACGUACAUAUUCUGGACGACAGCAAACUGUACACGGUGCCUCUGGACGAGCAGUCGGGAGAUACUGGGAAUGACAACUACAGUGGACCGUCAAAACUCGACGGAGAACCCGUGUCACGUCAGGUGAUUCACACUCCGCGGACACACAUAGUACCGCCUCUCAAACCAGCCCGUCCUUCCUCUGGCGACAGAGUCUUGGGGGUGAUGACCGUUGUGGCUGUGAUAUUGGCUUUCAUCGCGUUGCUGAUCGGUGGAUUGGGUCUAUCUCGGAGGGGUGAUAUUUUUGUCAAUGUCUCUAGCGGAACGUCUUCUGCUGCAGCAGAAGAGGGUGAAACUAGUGAGGAUGACAGAGUGUGGUUGAUUGCUAUUGGAGACUACGAUGUCAGUCUGGAAUACCUUGACCUGGUAAGUGGACAGAUUCGAGGCUACAAUGUUGAUGUCAUUAAGGCAGUUUGCCGAAUAGCAAACAAACGGUGUAGUUUGGUGUGGGACGUAUACAGACACUGCUGGGAGACUGUUGCAGGUGAAUCGCCUAGACCUGGUAUUGGACUUCAAGGCGGUUGGUAUGACGCAUGCACAGCGUGGUCGAAAACCUACGCCAGGUCCCGCACCUUCAAUUUUACCGCGGAUAUGAGCAAGCAACACCUAUCGGUCUUUAUGAUUGCCACGGACAGGGACCUAGCAUCUUUCAACUGGCGUGAUCUGACAGGCAAGACCAUUGGCUUCCUCCAGUCGUACUCAGAAGAUGCCACGUGCAUCAGGAGGUUUCCAGAGAUAACCGGAAACAACUUGGCCCGCAAUCAAGUGAAGUACUACGUAAGUCAACAAGAUCUCCUCACAGCCGUCAAUAAUGGAGAGGUGGAUGCGGUCUUUGUAAACGAAUACUUGGAGAUCACUGAAUAUCUCCAGCUAGCCUCGGACAAGCUCAACCGAUGUACCAUCGGUGGUCAGGCUAUGAUGACGCGGAAGGAUAGUACUCUGGCAGACUGGUGGAAUCCUGCCUUUCAGACACUCCUGGACUCCCCCGAGUAUCUGCAGAUAUGUAAGGGACUUGAAGAUGAAAAUGUUCAUGGCUCACAACCUGGACCUACCUUAUCGGAACACUGCGUUGGUUUUUGAGCUCCGCUAUCCUCUCAGUAUGAUGAUACUCUAAGUUUCAACUAAACAGCUACCUUCACAGAUUUUGAAGAUUAUGGGGGAAAAGCUAGGGCUUGAAGAAUGCUUGAAGAAUGCUUGAAGAGACACUUUGUAUGAUCAUCCAGUAACCCAACCCUAAUUGCUGACUUCGGCAAGGCUUACAUCACAUGAGCAAAAUUGUCGUAUUACAGGCUCACGGUCACAUUGGAAGGCUCUUAGUCUGGCUCCGUUUCAAACUUGCACGGAUCAUAACGGGUAUUUUUUGUUAUAUUUUUGUGGAAUCAUAACUGGUAUUUUUUGUUAUAUUUUUGCGGAAGUACAAUGUAUAGGUUUAACCCAAAAGAGCAGGAGGCGGAUUCGCCCUUUGCAACUUGUAAACAAAGUGCAUUUUUCAGGAGUUGAGGCUUGAGGAGUUUUUACCGGUUAUGGACUACAAAACAAUAAUAAUCCCUGACGUUAUUUAGAUAUUCAGUUAAUAAUUGAAAAGUUAUUUAUACUAUUUUACGCAUGAAAAGAUACUUGGAACAGUAAAUGUCUAUGUUUACUUUUAGGGUUACAGUUUAUACAGUUGUUAUAGUUUUUAGUUUUUCUACAGUUUUUGUAGUGUAAGCUAAGUCUUUAUUUUCCAAAGAUAUGAUGUAUGAAACAUAUUACCAUGGUAUUUUCUGGAACUAGAUGUGUUCAAGGAUCAAUCUGGGUCACAUUCAGCGCUACAGUCUCGACACAGUUAUAAUAAGCACAGAAUCGCUGUUGCAAUUCACAGUCCACAAAUCAAUGCUGGAUUCUGAGGAAAGACUACACCAAGGGAAUCGAGGCCUUUAAAAUGUUUUGCAACCAAAAUCUCAGAACUAGCUGGAGAGAACUCAGAUCUUAUGAAUCUUUUCUGUGAGGGCUGCAACGACGUCAACUACGUUAACAAGUAGCGAGCUGCAAAUUGACGUAUUGUUUGGCAAAGGACAGACAACCUAUCAAAGUCAGCGCUGAUUAUGGAAGGUGAAACAGGAGAUAGUUACAUAGGUGACAUCAGGGAAUUAAUGGGUUCGUCUGGUGCCCAGGGCAGAACUGCGGCGUAUGUUUGUGGACGGGCAAUGAAGGAGGGAGAUCGUGAUGGCUCCGUUUGAGGUCGGAGUGCAUGUAUGUAAGGAAACUGGCUAACUUCUCUCUGAAAAUAUUUCAGUUGACUCUCAGUGGCACCGGUUCAUAAAUUUACCCUCUCAGCCAAUUCAUUGGGGUGUUCAGCAUACACUGACUAGUAAAUGUGUGUGUUGAGCGAGAAUAACAGGAGAAUAUGUUUCACCAA